AUAACCUAGCAACUGAAAUUUGCCCACUUCACAUUUGACUUCUCCCAAGCAAAUCACGCAGCAGCCAUCGCAUCUUCAGCCAGACGACCCGUCGACACCCUGAGCGGCAGCACGUCGCGCCAGCACCACCGCCGCAUCGCGCGUCUGUGAGCCUCCGCACCACUGCAUCUCGUGCUCUUGAGCCGCCGUACGCCAGCACCUCUGCGUCGAGCGCUCGUUUGCGGCCCACCUCUGCAUCACGCUCCUCUGCGUGGCGUCACAAGCAGAUCUCCUUCAGCCACUGUUUGUCUGCAUCGCGUCACGCCUCUUCAUCCCAUCAGUGCAGUCCGCACCACUGCUGACCCCUCUGUUAUCUUCAGUUCAACGCUCAUUAUCUUUGAAUUUAGAUGGCUUUGAAAGGCGUGUGGCAACUUCAAAAGCUGAUAGUGAGCUACUGUGACUGGGGAGGAAGUAGUAGGGGCAUCAGGGCAUUUAUGGAGUCACAUCUGCCAGCAUUUAAAGAAGGAAAUGCUCAGCUAGAGUUGAUUACUGAGCUCAAUCGAGGGCAGCAUCCAUUCUUGAAGGCUUUUUAUAAAAACAAAAAUGAGCGGGUGGUUUGUGUGAAGAAUUUGACUCCGGACGACGUACUAUUGCAAGCAACCAGGCUAAGGAAUUCAACGGGAAGAAAGGUGGUAAAACUAAAGACAAGACAUGUUACCCAACACCCAAGUGUGCAAGGUACAUGGACAACAGCCGUUAGAUUUUGAGGCAUGAAAAUCACUUCAUGUUUAGCUGUUAUUGCCAUGCUUUUAAUCUUAUGAAGCUAUCACAAUGACACUGGCUAUAGAAUUAGAAUUAAAUAAAAAUGCUUUAUGAUGCUUUGGAUUUAAAUAUUGAACUUGGAUGUACUGUAUUUUGGAUAUGUUUUAAUUCCCCUUGGUUUUGCUCUAAAAAGAGGGAAGACAUUUUUGAUAUUUAUAGUGUAAAUUUUAGUCUUUUUAUUAAUCAA